AUGAACGGUACCCACUGCCACGGGAAUGGCAUUCGCAAGACAAAGUCGGAGGGCAGCAUCUGCAUCAUACGAAUGCUCAUCUCAUUUGACGACCGGGCAGUGAUUAGGGGGGAUGUUGAGUCAGUGCUGGUGAACAACCUCUUCCACUCCAUGGGUCCCCCGACUCCCGCAACCGAGCGUACUCAAUCCACUUCGCGUCGGCACUCCUUUGGCAUGCAUCACCUCCUCGGCGCCUUGAAACGACACAGGUCCUCUACUGGACCCAUCCACGAGAAAUUCUUCGAGCACCACAACCACUGCAUCAACAACCACGGCCACUAUCAACACUCUACCCACAAGAUGGAGGAGUUCUCAGGUCAAGUGGCUCUUACAACCCAUCACACGGGAUUGCUUCUCAGCCUACCCAGCCCAGUGAAACCUGUUAAGACUGUACACUUUUUGGUGGGGAAACAGGAAGAUUAUGAUUUGACAAAUCACUUACAAGGAAGGAGGCGGAGUCGAUUAUUUACACGUCACAGUGUCAGUGCUACCUCGAAAUCGCAUUUAGUGGAGACUGCGAAAGCAUCCGAGGAGGGUGAUGUGAUCGAUUUUCCUCUGCGAAGGUCGAUCUCCUUGGGACGGUUGAUGGAGGAUCAGAAUAGGUGCAUGGACGUGGUGUUCCAGCGCUCGGAUAGCAGUCACUUUGAGAUCUUCGGCUUGGAUACCAAGCAUAUCCUUAGAAGGAAGAUUCGUCGAGUGGCAAGGGGCUUCAACCUCACAGACAUGCAUUGGGUUUCGAAGAAACAUUCAACUUCCAGUAGGGUGAGCCUGAAGUCCACCUCGAGCUACGAGACAACGAUUAGCGGUGGGGUGACCCUCACGUCGUCUUCGCUGAGGAUCCAAACGGAUGAAGUGACACCCUUACGAUCUCUGGCCCCAGCGAAUUUAUCCAACUCCACUGACCCCAGAUCACACCACGUGGGCCGAUUUGUGGUGCUCAAGGCCACCGUCUCCAACACCAACGAAGAGGCCCCACCGCUAGACGACGCAAAGAUGGAAAAUGAGCCAAAUAGCAUAUCGGGUCCCCCUGAGAACCACUAUUGGACUGUGAGUGGCGGCAAGGGUGUUCUGCUCACCGCACCCGGCGCGCGUCGUUUUGAUGUUAGUCGACCGACUAGCGGCGGACCCAAUCGCCCCAUGCACAGCCGCUUCCGUCAGUUCUUCGUGGAGAAUCUUCGUUCCUCCCGUUUGCGGACUCACUCCGAACAGCAGCAAAAUCAUAACCAAGGUGGCAGCAGCAGCAGCAGUCGCGGCGCCUACCCGAUAGGUGAGUCACCAAACAAGCUGAAGCCACCGACAGUCAAAUUCGGCGCCGGACUGCCACCCCAUGCGCACACCAUCACGGCGGGGACGAGCUCGGCGGUCACGAGAGCUCUCCUCCAAUCUACACAGCGAGCUAAGGACGACGGGUUGAUAGGUGCGGGUGAGGUGAGUCCAGGCACCUCGGGGAUGUCAUCCUCACCCAUGAACAGACAAUGUUAUCCCUCGGUCUCCCUUACCUCCGUCAACGACAGCGAUGGAACGGGCUCCUUCCCGAUUUCGAAGAAACGCCUUAAAUCAACACACAAAAUGGUGCGGAAAUUGCUGAAACUAUCACCUGGACAAAAGAAACACGUUCAUGACUCAGAAGAGCUGCCUGAUCCCUCGAAACUACCUCGGGAGCUUCCGCAAAGUUCAUUGGAAUUCACACAAUCUCGACUUAAGAAUGCGCCCCGAAGGAGUGUACCCUCCAACAAUUACGGACGAAAGGGCAAAACAGGGCCUCAACUUGACGUAAUUCCACGCGUUCUCCCCCAGGGCGGAGCCAGGUCGGAGGAACUCCUGCUCAGUGCCUUUUCGAGGUCACUCUCUGGCAGCAGUAGUCUUGGUAGCAGCCAUCAUAGCCACGGUCACCACCACAAACACCACGAUCACCACCGUGGUCAUCAUAGUCACGAUAGGUACGCCGUCAGUCCCAUGGCCUUGACACGAGUCACGGAGAAUAGACGCUACCUGAUGUUCACCAAGGCCUCUCCGUUCAGGUCACCGUACGAAUUCCUCCAGACUCGCGGAAAAGGACUAAGUGAAUCCGAGGUCUACACGGUGCUCUUCCGGCACACCACAUGCUACGAACUGAUGCCAGAGAGCGCAAAGUUGGUCACCUUGGACAGCAUGCUUCCGGUCGGAAAGGCAUUCCGGGCACUCUGCGUGAACGGGAUUCGAGCCGCACCAGUGUGGGAUUCGGAGACACAGACGUUCUCAGGGGUUCUCACAAUAAACGACUUCCUUGAAAUGCUUACCUACAGUUGGCGACGGCAGAUUUGUAACUCCGCCAGAGAGGGUGAGAAAACGGCGGUUGAGGACAUCGAAUCCACACCUAUCAAAAAGUGGAAGGAAAUUCGUGCCCGCACAAAGAACCGAAAAUUCUCCGGAAUAGGCCCGCAUGAUACGAUCCAUGAAGAGGAUGAAGAGGUUAAGGAAGAGCAGGUGAAGGGAGAAGGGGGGGAUGGCGAAAGCUGCUCCAGUAGUUGUAGUAGCAGUAGCAGCAGUGAUAGUGACACCGACGAUGGCGACGGUGAUGACGAUGAUGGUGGAGACUCUAACUCAGUCGCGUCAGCUCCCUCUCAGUUGGGCGAAUUGGAGCACACUCGGAUUCACUCCGGCCACCACCGUCAAGGCUACAAACACCGUUCGGUGCGAGUCUGUGAAUGUCGUCGGAUGGGGGGCGGGUGCAGUAUGCGUUUAAAGCAUCACCGGAUGGGCGGGCUGACUAUCAUCUACCCCGAGGACUCACUCUAUACUGCGCUGCGCCUCCUUGCGCACUGUAAACUCCACCGCCUGCCUGUCUUUGAUGAUCCAGUCGGUGGAACCGGUAACCCUCUUUUCGUACUCACUCACCGAUCUCUCCUCGCCUACCUCUACAAGAAACAAAUCGACUUGCCCAGACCCAAGUACCUCCAGGCAAGCCUUCAAAGAUAA